AUGGCGCUAUCCUGUGUGGUGUUGUGGUGCCUGUUCCUGGCCUGUUGGACCCUCUUUCCAGGCCAUGCUGGGGAGGAGUCCGUGAGUCUCCUGCAUGGAGAAAGUCAAUGUGAAGGCUUCCUGCAUGUGCAGCACCAUGGGGAGCAGGGCCUGGUGUGUGGGGACCACUGGGGCAUGCAAGAGGCCUUGGUGAUCUGCAGACAGCUCAACUGCAGAAGAGCACUAUAUACAUCUCAACGAGUUUUGAGGCCCCAAGACAUGAAGCCACCCUGGCUUUAUGGUGUUCAGUGUCAGGGUGAGGAGGCCUCUCUCUGGCAGUGUACUCUGGGUGACUGGGGGCCCAUCAAUAGCUGCAAAUGCCAGUGUGUGGUUGCUGUCAUAUGCUCAGGUAGUUCCUUGAGACAAGUUAGGCUGGGCGGAGGAGGUAGCCCUUGUGCUGGGACCCCCGAAGUAUUCAACCCAGUCAGUGAUAUUCUGAGAUGUGACUUGCAAAAGGAGGAGGCAGGUGUCUUGUGCAGAGAGCUGGAGUGUGGCACCGCCUUGCAGUGGUCCAGAGCCCACCAUGGAGGACACCCUGGUGGCCAGGAGCAGAGGAUGGUGACUUGUCAGGGGACUGAGACCAGCAUUUUCUAUUGCAAGCUCAACUUGAACUUCUUAAGGCAGUGUGAUCUUCUGGCCUACACCGAGGUUGUGUGCAAAGGACAUGUGGAGGCUCGGCUUGUUGGCAGUGAGGACCCCUGUGCUGGGCGCCUGGAAGUUAAGCGAGGUCUGACAUGGGGCACAGUCUGUGAUGUUGACUUGGACCUAUCCACAGCCCACGUGGUGUGCCGGGAGCUGCAGUGUGGAGUGGCUGUGUCUACCCUUGGGACUGCCCACUUUGGCCAGGGCUCAGGGCCUGUAUGGAUGGAAGCCUUCCGCUGUGUGGGCAAUGAGUCUCUGCUGUUCCACUGCCUGCGGGAGCCUGGGAGUCAGUGCAUGCAUGACCAGGAUGCUGGGCUCAGGUGCUCUGGAGAGAAGUUCCGCCUGGUCAAUGGCAGCAGCCCCUGUGAGGGCCGUGUGGAGCUUCAGGUGCAGGGGGCCUGGGCACCCCUCUGUGCCACCCACUGGGACUUAGCAGAUGCCACCGUGCUGUGCCAUCAGCUCAACUGUGGAAAUGCAGUGGCCACACCACGAGGAGGCCAUUUUGGGAUUGGGGAUGCUCCCAUCUGGACAGAUGUGUUUCACUGUGUGGGGACUGAGCUCCAUUUGUUGAGCUGCCCAUCCAGCACCCUGGGUGUGAAGCCCUGUGCCGAGGGAAAUUCUGCUUCUGCCUUUUGCUCAGGUCUCUCCAGAGCCCUUAGGCUGAGGGAUGGACAGAGUCGCUGCGAUGGCCAUGUGGAGGUCUCCCUGAACGGAGUGUGGGGCCGCAUCCUGGAUGACGCCUGGGACCUGCGUGCUGCCAGUGUUGUGUGUAGGCAGCUUGGGUGUGGAGAGGCCCUGAAAGCCUAUGACUCCUCAGCCCCUCCUCAGGGUGCAGCUCCAGUGGGGCUGAGCCAGACAUCCUGUGUGGGCUCGGAGACCCGCCUGACCCAGUGCAAUAUUUCAGUGUCCCCCUUGGUGCCUGUGGGGACCUUACAGGCUGCAGGUGUUGUGUGCUCUGGGAGCCUUCGGGUGCGGCUGGCUGGAGGUCCUGGCCGCUGUGCAGGGCGUGUGGAGGUGCUGUACAGAGGUGCAUGGGGCACGGUGUGUGAUGACGCCUGGGACCUGCAGGAUGCCCAUGUGGUCUGUGAGCAGCUGGGCUGUGGCCGCGCCCUCAGCACUACAGUGGCCGCACACUUUGGGAUGGGAUCGAGACCUAUCUGGAUGGAUGAGCUUGGCUGCCUGGGCAAUGAGUCUGCACUGUGGCAGUGCCCAUCGCGGGGCUGGGGCCAGCACGACUGUGGGCACAAGGAGGAUGCCGGGGUCUUCUGCUCAGAGUUCACGGAUCUCAGGCUGCGGAAUUAUGGUCAGCCAUGCACAGGGCGGCUGGAAGUUUUCUACAAUGGGACUUGGGGUGGAGUCUGCCCUGCUCUGAAUGCUGCCUCCUUGGGGAUCCUGUGUGAUCAGCUGGGCUGUGGUUCCCAAGGGCAGCUGCUGGCCAGGGCAGGGAGCUGGCCUUCUCCUGGAGCUUUCUGGCUGGCUUCCAUUCAGUGCAGGCCCAGGCAUGACAGGUCCCUGUGGCAGUGCCCUUCAGCACCCUGGGACCAGCAUUCCUGCUCCAGCAGGGAAGAGGCCUGGGUCCUGUGUGCAGAAAAGGCCCAAAUUCCUGAGGAUCCUGAGCAGACCCUUAGCUGCACACCCACCAGCUGCCCAGAGGAGGGCACACUGCGCCUCCAAGGAGGCGAUGACAACUGCUCUGGGCGUGUGGAGCUCUGGCAUGCAGGCUCCUGGGGCACUGUGUGUGAUGACUCCUGGGACCUGGCAGAUGCAGAGGUUGUGUGUCGCCAGCUGGGCUGUGGCCAGGCCAUGGAUGCCACGCAGGGGGCUGCCUUUGGUCCCGGGUCAGGACCUGUGUGGCUGGAUGAGGUGAGGUGCCGUGGAAGUGAGGCUUUCCUGUUGGGCUGUCACACAGAGCCACUGGGACAAGGAGACUGUGAACACAAGGAGGAUGCAGGGGUGCACUGCUCCGGUGAGUAGGAGGGGAGUGGGGCACAGGGACAGUCCCCUUUCCUGGCCUCUGAAUCUGUUUCUGAAGUCUGGACUCUGCCGGAGAUUGCCUGCCUGGUUCUUGGUUGCCUACUGGGCCUCAUCUUCCUGGUCCUGGGUGUUAAGUGGAGCCGCAACAGAGCUGCCUACAUGGGUUCUGGAAUGUCAGAGCACCUGUCCUCAGAGUGUGUCUAUGAAGACAUUGAAGCAAUUCCUAUGGAGAAUAAAGAAGAGAGGCCCUCAGUGUCUGGGAAUCUCAUGCUGGAGGAGGAUUAUGAUGAUGCUGAAGAGCCUGAGGAAAACUGUGAGGAGGAGACAGGUUUGGUUGGAAGAUGGCAGCCAUUCUUGGCCCAGUACCUCAGCAUCCUGCGCUGA